GACAGUCCUGGUUCUGUAUCGACGAAUGCGCCGGCUGCGAUAGCACCACCCAACCGGAGGAAUUCGUAGCUCGGUCAUCGUCGACCGAUUCAUCUUGACCCUGUCUGACGACUCGAGAUGGUUACUGGGGUCAACGCCUCCUUCCAGUCGUUCGAAUGCAUGCUGUAGGGACGAGAGCCGGCCUUCCUGCAUCGCAACGAUGGCUACGGGCACAGGCGAAGGUCAGGGCGCCGGCGCUGCAGCAUGAGGGGCAUGGAUUGCCGGGGCUAACACGGCCGUCUAUUGCAUGGCUAAAUCCUCAUCAGGCUCGAUUUGUGGCCAGCAAGCCCAACGGCCCCGGUGCGCCCGACAAGCCGGAUGGCAAGGAGGGCCAGGAGGGCCAGGAAGAGGGAGACAAUGGCGAACAGACGCAACCACCAGGCAGAUCCGACACAAGCGAGACCCCUACAGAGACCAAGAGGCAGCAGCUGUUUUCCCCUAUGCCCUCCGGCAGAGGACGUGCUACCAAUUCAGCGGCGGCCUCAAGCGGGCUCCCUCCAGUCAGCCUUCCCCGCUGGUUCCUUGACGACCGCGUACAAACCUCAAACUCGAAGGAUACAGCAGGCGAUCGACUGCAGGGCGAUGUUUGGCAACUCUUUCAACCUGCGCGCCUCGCGUCAAGCCCUGGGCACGAGCUCGGCGGUAUCGGCACUUCUACCACCACCCGAGAAGCAAAGGACCAGUCCGUCGAGCGAGCCAUUGGCCGCGAGCUGGUAUCGACCAUCAGUGCCGAGUUAGAUGCCAUGCCUCCACCAAUCAGGGCUACCAAGGAACCCAAAAGGAGGCCCAUCUCGCUCCUGUACGUACACAAUUAUAAGGGCAGCCGGGUUGCGAACGACCUUGUCGGCCAUGUUGCUACGGAGCUGCGAGCAGACGUCAUUCACCUGGAUGCCGCAAGACUGGCUAGCAUCGUAGGGUCGUACCUUGGGUCGACUUUAUAUUUUGGUCGCAGCCAGAUCUCGAUGUUGGGCUACGCCGCGGCCGAAGAAAAUGGCAGGUCCCUCACCUCGCCAUCGACGGCUGAUAAGGCGGAGGAUAUUUUGGUCAAGGGGAUCAGCGUUGUGAAGCUGCUAUCGCCAGGCAAAGAUGACCGAGCAACUUGGGAUGACUUGAAGUUGACCCAUGUCCUCAAAGAGAUCGUGGGCUCGGCUGGUGCCAAGAGGAGGAUGGGCGGCCUAUCGGACAAGCCGGAGCGGCUCAUAGUGCAUGUGCAUAACUAUGUCGAGCUCAUGAUGUCGACCGAGGGCGCAUCGAUCCUCGAAAAGUUGAGGACUAUCGUCGACCGUUUAUGGCAAGACGGAUCUAGCGCUCUUAUUGUCGGCUCUAUCUCCAAUGACAAGAAUGCCUCCAAGCAGUGGCAUUCAAAGGUCAGAGAGUUGAGCAGUAGUGACUGCUAUCCCAUCGUUUUCUUGCCCAACUCGGACGAGCUGCCAGAGCUCAAGACUUGGGAGCAGCAGGACUAUGUCAUGGACAAUCUGAGUAACAUCAAUUGGAUGCUGGAAUGCCUCAGAGGUGAGCAGGCUCGCAUAACACCCUGGCUGAACGACUCGAAAUCCGGCACAAACGAAGCUGUUUAUGAACUUAUCACCCAGCUUUCUAGUGGUAUCUACUCAAACCACUGGAUAUAUCGAAUUUGCACGCAAGCCAUCGGAUUGGAAAAAUUGACCGGCGUCCUCGAUGCCUCGACGCUUGCCGAAGCCCUCAAACAAAUGAAACUGGUAGAUUUGGGACGCUCUAGCCUGACUGGCCACCCUGCAAGGUCAUCUGCUGCUCCCGCACUGGAUUCAACCUCCCCGAUUCAGGAUCUCAUAGCCCUUGGUAACAAUAUUAUUCCCGAGGCUGACUCUUCACCUGGCCGACGGAAAGGCCCACCCGGUGAUCUCGACGACGAGGAAAAGAAGCUCGUCUCCGGGAUUGUCAACGUGGAUGAGAUUCAUACUACGUUCGAUGAGGUAAUCGUGCCAUCUGGCGUUCGUCAGUCCCUCGUUGCUCUCACGACCCUCUCGAUCCAGCACCCCAAGGCAUUCUCAUAUGGUGUACUCGCACGCGAGCGCAUCCACGGCUGCCUGUUGUAUGGUCCCCCUGGGACCGGCAAGACGAUGAUGGCUAAAGCUGUUGCGAAAGGCUCGGGGGCAAACAUGCUUGAAAUUAGCGCAGCUUCUAUUAACGACAUGUGGGUUGGCAACAGCGAAAAGAACGUGCGCGCUGUUUUCUCGCUCGCUCGGAAGCUAGCACCUGUGGUCGUCUUCCUUGAUGAGGCGGACUCCCUCCUCGGGUCGAGGGGACGUCAACCUAACAGAGGCGGAUAUAGAGAAACAAUUAAUCAGUUCCUUCGGGAGUGGGAUGGCCUGACCAAUGCAUUGGACACGCAGCAGAUAUUCGUUCUAGUCAGCACCAAUGCCCCACAAGACCUUGAUGAGGCUGUCCUGAGGCGACUUCCAAGGAGGAUACUCCUCGACCUUCCCUUGAAAGACUCGAGACUGGCGAUCCUCCAAUCUCUACUCAGGGAUGAACAACUCGACCCUGCAGUGUCACUCGAACAGCUCGCGUCCGAUACAGAACUCUACAGCGGGUCGGACUUGAAGAACCUCGCCGUGGCAGCAGCAAUGGAGGCAGCCAAGGAAGAACUCGCGGCCAAGGAGGCGGAUGCGGCCUAUCAGUUCCCAGCGAAGCGUGUUCUGACCAAGGCCCACUUCGAUAAGGCGUCCAAGGACAUCAGUGCCUCUAUCUCAGAGGAUAUGGUGAACCUCAAGGCUCUUCGCAAGUUUGAUGAACAAUACGGUGAUGCCAGGCGGAAGAAGAAGAGAAGUCAAAUGGGGUUCGAGGUUGUGCCCCAAGUCACCAAGUCUGAGGACGCCGUGAUUAGAAAAUAAUGGGCAGUGCAACCGACGCAAUUCCCUAUAUACCAGAUAGAUUUCGUGUACAGGGAAUUUUACAUUGGCUUCUCACUUGCUGUGGAUCGAGGCUCUGUCUGUUGGCCGAAGAAGAACAAUGGGACGAUUACAUCUGGUAGUUGAAGAUUUGCCCGAGCUGCUGCGCGUCGGACGUUGAAGCUUCGACGGACAGCGCGAUCUAGAGGACCGAACUCCUUUGGAGAACUGCCCGGGCAUGCUUCUGUUUUCAUAGGCUCCUCUUUCCACUUGUGACAUGCUUUUGAUCCACCCAGCCAGUGCCAAUCGAAUUGAGCCCAGGACAGGGUUGAUGCCGUCGUAUAAAGAUACUAAGAUGAGUUUAUGCGCAAUGGUUCCCAUUGCACAAGACUGUCUGGCCGGUAUCCCUUGUCAGGCGCAGAAGCCAGCGCACGCAUAGCCUUUGCUCUGUGGGAACCAUGCUCACACGUUGGAGCGUGGUGGUCUCCGUCAGCCGAUGUAGUGUCACAACACGGGACACCGCCAGGUUGGCCGACUGAUUCCCGAGCAAGACCAUCCGCGGUACCCGUUACGCCGUGUGGCUGUUCGUUGAGUCAACACCGCCACGCACCACCACACCACAUCUGAAACCCGUACUGAUCUGAUUACUUCGAUUGUCGU